AUGCGCUCCAAACAGGCCACACCCUGGAUGGCCUCUACUUUCUGUCUCCUGGGUUUCAGGUUAGCAAGCCUGAGGCAAAGCAACCUGGACAAUGUGGGUCAUAGGAUGGCUUCCAAGCCAGAACUGGAAAGUGACCACACUGCAGUGUAUGACCAGGCUGACCCCUUCCUUGCCCACCUCCCUGGAGAGGAUCGAAAAUUCGACCUGGUUACGAAUAAAGAAAGGAGUACAGCGAAUUCCAAUUGCCCUUCGGCGGAAAGAAAGCUCAGCGGCAGUUUUGCAGAGAAGGGAAGAGGCCAGAGAGUGGGCGUCCGGGCUGGAGUAACCAGACCGUCCCUGUGGCCGCAGUCCCUGCCCCACCGCUGGGUGGCGAGUGUGAGCCCCUCUCCGUCCUUCCCGAUCCCACAAAGUAGCGCUACAACAAACGGCGUUUCUCUCCCCCUGGCUCGCGCUCUUGGCACUCUCGGGGGCUUGAAGGAAGCAGGAAAUAGUUUGAGUCACAAUAAUACACAGGAGCAGCAGCCGAGGCCACUCGCGCCCGCCCAUUCCCGGGGCCGCCUCCAGCACUCUGGCCGGGCGAGGCGCCUCCGGCAACGCGCGAGGAAAGCGCAGGGGACACCGGCCCAGCAGCCGGCGCCGCGUCGGAGGCGCCCAAGCGCCUGGCAGAGCCACCCUCGCCCAGCGCCGGACUCCGCCAACUGCAGCCACUACCCGCUUCCAGGGUUUGAAGUACAGCAUUAUUAUCAUCUCCCUGUGAGUGGGACUGGCACCCCAGCUGUACCUCCUGGCGGAAGUGCUCCACAAAACACAGACUCCUGCUAG